AUGGACGCGCAAAAUGGAGUCGUCCAUGCACACAAGAAGCGACGGAGGAGACGUCUUGACCGCCCUCCUAUCUCGGCGCGAUUACUGCUCGACGACCGUAUGAAGGGCGAGGUCGGAGUGCUAUCCGAAGACUUGUUCAACGACCUGUUUCCUGGAUCAAGAAGCAAAAGCACUGCAGCGAAUGGAGACUCGCCAGACUCGCAUCGCGUCCAGCACGUCGCAAUUACCCCGUGGCUGCCGAGCUCCAUUGUCGCUUCCCAGAACACUCCCUGGACUAUCUUGCCUGUGCGGCCAGCCGAGAAGACGGAGAAUGGCACAGUGCGCCCGCAUUCGUCACUCCAGAUCCCGACAUCAUCCCUCGCAUUACAGUCCUUUUCGCAGCUCCUCCAGAACGUCGCCCCGAAUAAGACGCAGAGACGAGAUACGCCCAUCGAGGUGCGCAUAUACGAUGUCGUGCCGGUCGGGCUGGAUACAGUCUACGUCAAUCUCGAUACCGAGGCGCUGCGGAAGCUGGAUGAGGUGCAUGCAAAAUUCGGUGGGGGCUUCAUUGCUCAGAUGAAUGGCGCAUCGCGCGCUCCGAAAAGCCGCUAUCUCGAGGCCAACGGGACAAAAGGAAAGGCAGUCGACCUAGCCGCGCAAGAGGAGGUUUGGCGACAGGCUGUACGCGAAGCCCUACAACUGCCCACCGUCCUUCAUACUGGCGAUUUGCUUCCUCUCAAGCUACCCGCUCAUCCCAUUACCCACGUCCCACCUCCGCCAGCCAAGAUAAGUGCCUCCGAGCCCGUGUCACAAGGCCUCCUGUUACCGAGCACGAGGAUCGUUAUACUACAGUCGCAUCGUAGCAGCUCCAAGCAAGCUGUCAUCAUCCCUCCUGUUAAACAGCCUCCGACGACCAAUGGAUUUGGUGACGACGACGAGGCCGAUGAUACGUCCAACGAUACAUUCUAUUCUGCCGCAGAAGACCGGGCUGAUUCGCGCAACGCCUCUCCACCAGACGAGGAAUCUGCCGAUAAUUUCGAGUCUGAGCUCUUUGAGAGCGAUGCCGGAGACCUGUCCGACGAGUCCGACGAUAUCAUCUCACUGAAUGCGCCUAUGCUCCCACCUCAGUCGUCUGGGGUACUUUCAUCCUUUACCUCGGCGACGCCGCGACCCGGCAACUUCCGCACCAACGGAAUAGCAACUCCAGGCUCAGUGUACUCCAGUUUCACGGCUACGACAGCCCGCGGCCCGACAAGCAAGAGCAAGGUAUUCAAAGCCCAGGGACUCCUCCAGAGUGUUCCAGAUGACCUUGUCCACCCAAAGCCAGGGAGUGAAGAUGACGAAGAAGCUCGUGUCUUCGUCGACAUAAACACUCUAGUCAAGGUCGGCUGCUUUUCAGGCGACUGGGUGAAGCUUGAGGGUACCGAAGCCCCUUCAUCACACCCUCUCUGGGGCUUGGGCGCAUUCGGCCGAGUAGACGAAGAGGAGAGUGUGAAUUGGCGUCCCGUCAGGGUCUUUGGCUUGCCGGAAAACAUGUCCAAGAAGGUUGCGCGAUAUCCGGUACAAAAGACUUCAGAUCUCGACAGACGAAGUAGUUUCUCCGGGUUCUCACAACCAGCUUCGUCAUUACAUGCUUACCUCUCACCAAUCCUUCUCGCAAACCUAGGGAGUCCUUCUCACCUCCGCAUCACCCCACUAGCCCCUAGCCAGUCUCCACAUCUACCUAGAAGCGCCAUGCAAAAGCCGCGGUUGAACAGCUCUUCUUUACCGCCAUCCGCUAAAGAGGUCACCCUUCUAAAGGUGUCAACGCCUCUGUCUUCCGAUCGUCUACUCCAACCCAGUCUCUUCGCGGCCCUGAAGGACCACUUCGAGCAAAAACGGCGGAUUGUAAAGAGUGGUGAUCUGAUAGGCGUGUCAAUCGACGAAUCGCUUGGUCGAGCAGUAUUCCAAACUGCAACUGAAGACGACGCUGGCAAUGAUGAGCUGCUGGCCAGAGCCAAGCCAACCGCUAGCGAUGACAGCACUAGUGUCAGCAGCCGCAACCCAAAAGUCGUAUCCUGGUUCAAGAUCGGCAACGUAUCGAGUUCUAGUCACGCGUCUCACGACGGCGAAGAAGCUGACAUUUGGGGUGGCGCCGCGACGGUAGAUGCCGCCAGCACGAAGAUGGAGAUGAACGGCAGCGAGCAGGGUAAAACCCCAGCUCCCAUCAACAAUGCAUGGCAGUACUAUUUGGGUGCCAAACGAGCUCCUGUUUCUAGCUCCCAAAAAACGAUGGCACUAGAUGAGCUGCCCAAGCCAUACAUUUCAUCGCUUCGAAGACGGUUACGAGAACUCAUGUCCGUGGCUACCAGUCCACGAGCCAUCCACCUAGGUCUGCCUCCUAUUGCCGUCUUGAUCACAUCGACUCAACGUGGCAUCGGAAAGUCUACCGUUGCCACUAAAGCUUGCGAAGAUCUCGGUCUACACACAUUCUCCAUUGAUGCCUUUGACAUCAUCACUGAAGGUGGCGCUGGGGGUGGCGACGUCAAAACGGAAGGCUUUUUGAAAGCUAGGGCAGAGCGAGCCUUGACGUGUGGCGCCGAAUUCACAGCACUGCUGGUCAAGCACGUUGAUGCGCUCAACGCUGAUCGCAUGAACACAGCACUGAAAGAGAUAUUGGCCGACUCUCGUGUGCUGAUUGCGACGACAACGGACAUCGACAAAGUACCAGAAGGUAUCCGAGGACUCUUCACCCAUGAGAUCGAGAUGACGGCACCUGAUGAAGGCGAAAGAGAAGGCAUUCUAAGAAGCAUUGUUGACGACGCUGGCAUCAGGUUAUCCCCCGAGGUUGAUCUCGGAAACGUUGCUGUAAAGACUGCAGCGCUUGUAGCUGGCGACCUCGUCGAUGUCGUCGAUCGAGCCUUGGUCGCAAAGCAGCAACGCCUCGAAGCGCUCGCUACAUCCGCCACAAAAUCUCUCUCCUCCUCCGAGAUGAUCACCACACGUGACAUCCAACUAGCAGGCGGUCACUUCAGUAACAGUCUUACAAAGGCCGAUCUGGACACCGCAGUAGAUGCAGCGCGCAAGAAUUUCGCUGAUGCAAUUGGUGCCCCCAAGAUCCCCAACGUGGGCUGGUCAGAUGUCGGUGGUCUCACACACGUCAAAGACGCAGUCAUGGAGACCAUCCAACUUCCAUUAUCGCGCCCUGAGCUCUUCGCAAAGGGGAUGAAGAAGCGCAGUGGUAUCUUGUUCUAUGGACCUCCCGGAACAGGAAAGACACUCCUUGCGAAAGCAAUCGCCACAGAGUUCUCCCUCAAUUUCUUCAGUGUCAAGGGACCCGAGCUGCUCAACAUGUACAUUGGUGAGUCUGAAGCCAACGUACGCCGUGUCUUCCAGCGCGCCCGUGAUGCUCGUCCUUGCGUUGUAUUCUUUGACGAACUCGAUUCCGUCGCUCCCAAGCGUGGUAACCAAGGCGACAGUGGCGGCGUUAUGGAUCGUAUAGUCAGUCAGCUGCUCGCAGAACUCGACGGCAUGAGUGAUGGCGGAGAAGGCGUUUUUGUCAUCGGUGCAACCAACAGACCUGAUCUGCUCGACCAAGCCCUCCUCCGUCCAGGUCGCUUCGAUAAAAUGUUGUAUCUAGGUGUAUCCGACACCCAUGAAAAGCAACAAACUAUAUUGGAAGCUCUGACAAGGAAAUUUACCCUACAUCCCUCUCUCUCUCUGCAACGCGUAUCUCAAGGCCUACCUUUCACAUACACAGGUGCAGACAUGUACGCCCUCUGCUCCGACGCCAUGCUCAAAGCCAUUACGCGCAGCGCCAAAAUCGUCGACGAAAAAGUUAAACAGUACAACGAUACUCAUACACCACCAAUCACCAUCGCCUACUUCUUCGACCAUCUCGCCACAGAGGAAGAUACAGCUGUUAUGGUCACGGAAGAGGAUUUCAUGGAGGCGCAUAGAGAGUUGGUGCCUAGUGUUAGCGCCGACGAACUCCGUCAUUACGAUCGAGUACGCAAGCAAUUCGAGGGCGCGGGCAAGAAGGAGGAGAAGAAUGGUGCUCCGCCGCUUGCUAUUGAACAAGAACAUUCUAGCAGCAAGGGUAAAGGCAAAGCAAGAGCCCCGAUUGACGAGGUUGAGGAUAUGGUUGUUAGGACGGAGAAUUUGGAGAUUAAUGGACAUGCGAAUGGAUUGGCUGGCGGUGGUGUGGAUAUCAGUGGGAGCGGGAGUGGAAGUGGAGGAGGGAAAGGGAAGAGCAAGGCACCGGCAAGCCAUGCUGCGGGUAAAAGUAGCGUUGAUAUCGCUGAAGGGGGAUUUGGCGAUGCGACGCAGGACGAUGACUUGUACUCUUAG